AUGCACAAAAACAAUAUUCACUUCGCCGUCGGUCUCGGCUGCGCCGUUCUCUUCCUCAUUCUCGCCGUGGCGCUAUCGAGCUGGCGCUGUGGCACCGUGCUGGACUCCUGUCUGAGGGGGCCAUUUAAGGAGUCCUACCGGACGGUGGGAGCCCUCCUUGUCUGCGCCAUCUUGAUAAAUCUCGUCGCCCUCGCAAUUGUCAUUGCCGGCUGCAUAACCCCACUACCUUGGUGCACGCCAGCCGCCCUUGGACUGACUUGGAUCGCGGGCAUUCUCGCUUUGGUUGCUGUCGCAUUCUACUUUGAUAAGUUAGAUUCAAUCUACUCUCCUCUGUUGGCUGUCAUCGGAAUGUCCUUCACGUUGACCAUGGCGAUCACCACAAGUAUUUCAAUGAUACAGGCACGAACAACUUAG